AGUGGAGGUGUGCUCUUGUCUGGGCCCCAUCACCAGCUAGAUAGUCCCGCCACGAGCCACUCCCCCCAUUCCCAUGGCUGAGAGCUGCCCCCUCUAAAUAUAGCCCAGUGGGCUGAGCUCAGGCCUAUUUUAGGCCCAGGCUGGGAGGUGGCUGGCCUUCCCCAGGCUCUGAGGAGCCACCGCUGCCUUCAUCUGUCCUGCUACUGGGUGCUAUUAUCAGCCCCCCAACUGCCCACCGCCUGCCAUGCCUGAGGAGACCCAAGAAGACACCGUGGCACUGACACCGAGCCCCAGGAGCAGGGCGCCCCUUGCCCCCAACCACAUACAGGAGGUGCGUCUGCACCAGGUGGAGUCCAUCAGCGACCUACACGGCGGAGGUUCGCUGCGCCCCUACCCGGCCGAGGCGGCACAGCCAUGGGACGAGCUCCUGGGCAUCUUGCCACCGUCACUGUGCGCCCAGGCUGGCUGCGGCCCCGGGCAAGGCAGGGGAAGCGUCCUGGUGCUGCUGGCUCUGCUGGCGCUCACCUGCCUGGCACUCGCCAUCCUAGCCGUCUACCUGAGCGUUCUGCAGAGUGAGUCCCUCCGCAUGCUGGCGCACACACUGCACACCCAGGAGGAGACGCUACUCAAACUCCGGCUUGCCAGCCUCAGCCAGCUGCGGAGGCUUAACUCCAGUGAGGCCCAAGCACCCAGCUGAGACACCACUUGGACCCGGGGCUUGGGGAUGUGGGGGGGGGGAGGGGCUUGGGGAUGUGGGGGGGGGGAGGGGCGCGGGAAUAAAGUGGCCAAGGCAGGUUUCUCCUUACCCUCGGCUCCACACUACUUCCUUGAUGAGGUUUUUAUACAAGAAACUAACCUGACCCCUCAGCUACCCGCCUCUCCUGUCUUCAGGCCAGGCCUGGCCAGGUUUUCUGGUGCCAAGGUCCUGCUUUCGGUGGCCCAAGGUCAGAGGAAGUUACACCAGCCUCCUGGCUCCUUCCAUGGCCUGUCAGCAGCCUCUGGCUUCCCGCAGACAGCAGAUUCAAGUCUAGAAAUAGCUGCCCCCACCCCAGUUGCCCAAACUCUGCCAGGCCUCCCAGCGGGGCUCUAGCCGCAGCACUCAAGCAGGCGGAGCUCUGAGUAUGGGGAG